AUGGUUAUUGGCGGUGCAACGCUAAGAUUAUCGACGGGAAAUGAUAUGCCAGCAGUUGGCCUCGGCACUUGGCUCUCGAAACCGGAUGAGGUUCGCAAUGCGGUCUGUUGGGCAAUCGAGGUUGGUUAUCGACUUAUCGAUACGGCACAUAUUUACGGGAAUGAAGAAGCAAUUGGCGAAGCUUUAGCACAAUCUUUCAAAGCUGGAAAGAUUAAAAGAGACGAUAUUUUUAUCACUACAAAGCUGUGGUGCACUCAUAAUCGGCCCGAAUUUAUGGAGGAACAAAUGAAAGAAUCGCUUAGAAAAUUAAAACUUGAUUAUGUCGAUCUCUAUCUUGUUCAUAUGCCGGCAACUUUCGAUCGUGAAAUGAAAAAAUUCGACGAAACAAUUACUGUUGAGGAUAUAUGGAAGGGAAUGGAGGCACUUUUUGAUAAGAAAUAUACAAAAGCCAUUGGCGUGUCGAAUUUCAACCUUGAACAAUUAAAAAGAGUCCAGAAAAUCGCAAAAGUACCGAUUCACAAUGUUCAAAAUGAAUGUCAUUUAUAUCUACCACAAAAUGAAAUAAUUGAAUAUUGUAAGAAGAACAAUAUAACUUUUACUUCAUAUGCUUCUAUCGGUUCAGGUGGUCGCUCAGAAGCGCAACUUCCCAAUUAUAAAUUGACUUGGGCAUCUGCACCGAAUUCAAUGGAAGAAGCAAGUGUUAAGAAAUUUGCAGCAAAGUACAAGAAGAGUAGUGCUCAGAUUUUACUCCGUUAUUUACUUCAGCGUGGCAUCGCAGUUAUACCAAAGAGCAUUAAUAAAGAACGAAUUAAAGAAAAUUUCGAUAUUUUCGAUUUUCAACUAAGCGGCGAUGAAAUGAAAGAAAUGGAGGCCAUCAAAACGCGUGCACGAUUGUUCUAUCAAGAUUUCAUGGUUGGCCAUCCAGAAUAUCCAUUCACAGGUGAAGUCAAUCCAGGAUACAAGCAAGAUUGA